UUGGGUAGCCUUUAGAUUUUACUCUAUCUUAAUUACCCUAGCUUUUCUGCCUUUGAGAGGAGAAGAAGACGAAGAAAAGCCUGAAGAGAUGGCAAACCAUCCUUUGAUCUUUGCCUUUGGCAUUUUGGGUAACAUAUUCUCCUUCAUGGUGUUUAUUUCGCCAGUACCUACAUUUUAUGGGAUCGUUAAGAAGAAAUCAGCGGAAGGGUUUCAAUCGGUGCCGUAUGUUGUUGCAUUAUUUAGUUCAAUGCUUUGGAUUUACUAUGCAAUGGUUAAGACGAAUGAAACCCUUAUCAUCACCAUCAACUCCUUUGGCUGCAUUGCGGAGACUAUAUAUGUUGCUAUUUAUUUUGCUUAUGCGACUAAAAAAGCAAGGAUGCAAACACUGAGACUUGUCCUACUGUUGAAUUUCGGUGGCUUUGGAUUGAUUCUUUUCCUUACCCAAAUUUUAUGCAAAGGACCAAAACGAGCUGAAGUUGUUGGAUGGAUUUGCAUGGCGUUUUCUAUUAGUGUAUUUGUAGCACCUCUAAGCAUUAUGGGGCGGGUAAUACGGACCAAAAGUGUGGAGUUCAUGCCAUUUAACCUGUCGUUAACCCUUACACUUAGUGCUGUAAUGUGGUUUUUAUACGGUUUACUUUUGAGGGACAUCUAUGUCACGGUACCAAAUAUUGCGGGAAUCAUACUUGGAAUGCUCCAAAUGGUAUUAUAUGGAAUAUACAGAAACGCCAAGCCAAAUGAGGCAGAAGAGAAGAAACUACCCACGGUUGUGAAGCUGGAGGAGCAGCAGCCUACAACAGUUAAUUCUGAGGUUAAUCCAGUUAGUUUCCCAUCCACGGACAGUACUGAAAAUGAAGAUGCUAAAGAUGGUAAAAAUCUUGAAGUCGCACAAAUUAAUUCUCCAGUGUAAGAGACUUUAAAAGCAAGACAAUAAUAUUGGAAGUGCUACUAAGUGCUAAUUAAUCCCUUGUUGGAAGCCCUUUAUGCAAGGUUUUCUUAAUUCGAUUAAAAACUGGGCUUCAACUCUGUUGUAUCUAUAAGUUAAUUAAUCUUGUGUAAACUCUUUAUUUCCUAACUUUUGCACCUUAGUGUUGCAAUUGUAAGUAUUUUGGGAUUUAGAGAUCCCUCUAGGAGUUAUACUUUCAGACAUAUCGCUGAAACUCCUAUCAAUAUCAUGUAUGAGUUUGCAUAUAUAACUUUAUUUCGUAUAUUUAUU